AUGGCGUCUGGCCCACCCAGUUUGCCCUCGCCCUCCACCUCUUCAUCAUCCACCUCGGCUGGCUGGUUCACUCCCUCGGCCUCGGCCUCGGACACCUGCGACGACCUGUGGUCAGCCGAUGCUUCUGCAGCAUACGCACCCCCUGUGGCAUCGGCUACAUCCGGCUCGGCAUCUCCCACCUCGGCGUCAAUAGAUUCGACAUCAGACGAGUUCUUCUCUUGUUGCUCUCCGCCGCUCUCGCCUGUUUCGCCCUCGUUCCCACAUCAUCCGGCCCCGCCUCCGCUCAUGGGCGAUCUGGCUCCGCUCCCGGCAGAGCUCGUCCUGCACAUCCUCCGCUUUCUCCCGCUUCGUCAGCGCGCCGUCAUGCGGGAAGUCUCUCGCGGCUGCGCAGAGCUGGCAUCUAUUCCGCUGCUGUGGCGUACCGUGCGCUUUUCCCGUCAUCUCGCUCUCUCGCGCUUUGACGGCGCAGCUGACCUCUGGCUCGCCGCCGUCACCCGCGCCCCGUAUCUGACCUCGGCCCUGCGAUCGCUCUCGCUCGCGACUUGCAAGGACGUGACCGACACUGGCCUGGCUCUCGCGCUUCCGCAGCUGCCGCGCUUGGAGAGCCUGGAUCUCUCACGCUGCUGGGGCGUCACCGAUGCUCUGCUGGCCAGCCUAGCCCUCGCCCCAGCCGCCGCUCAUCUCCGCUCGCUCAACCUGUACAUGGUGUAUCAGGUUACCGACGUUGGUAUUACCCGCCUCGCCCCAGCCACCCCGCGCCUCGUCCGCCUCAACCUUUACAAGUGCUCGCUCGUCACCGACACCGGCCUCGCCGUCGUCGCCGCCUCCUGCCCCGAUCUUGUCGAGCUCACCCUCUACGGCCUUCCGCACAUCUCUGACGCUGGCGUCGCUGGGGCCCUCCCACUCCUGCCUGACCUGCGCAAGCUCAAUCUCGGCUCGUGCAAGCAACUGACCGAUGCGGCUCUGAUCAACGCCGCUUCUCUGCCAGCCCUUGCCACCCUCCAUCUUCUCCGCUGCUCCGCCAUGUCGGACGCCCUGCUCCGCUGUCUUGCCGCCUCGGGCACUGCUGCCUCGCUUGUCUCGCUCAACUGCCACGGCUUGGCCAAGCUCACCGACUCGGGAGUCGUUGUCCUUGCCGCUGUUGCCUCGGAUCUCGAGCGACUCAAUCUCUCGCGCUGUACUGGCAUUUCCGCCGAUGGCGCCAUCGCCAUCGUUGCCAAGUGCCGCACUCUCGCUCGCCUCACCCUCGACGCCCGUGCCAUCUCCCCCGAGCUCUCGGUGCUCGCAGCCUCACGCGCUGUCGAGCUUGUCGUCGCCUAG